AUGGCAUCAGAGGAAGAAUAAUUGGAACCUACAAUCGAAAAGUUUUAAAAAGCAGUAAAGUUGACAGCCAUUUUAAGAUAAAAACCUACAUCUGAUGAGGAAAUGUAGCGAGCUUAAAAGGCUUUAAUUAAGCCAGUUUCGAUAAGAAAUGCUGAAGAUUUUGAAGCCAUAGAGAAAGUUAUGAUAAGAGUUAAGUUCUUUACAAAAGUUAAGUUAAAAUAUGGAUUACUGGUAUUUAAGGAAGUUUGCAAGCAUUUAUAUUAUAAAAGAGCUUAACCAGGUCAUAGUAUAAUCAAAGUGAAUAAUGAAGGAAAAGCUUUCUAUGUAAUUUUAAGAGGUAGUGUUGGAAUUAAUAUAUUUUUACCAAAAGUGUCUUAAAAAAAAUAGGAAUCAAAAGCACCUUUUGUAUAGGAUGAAAUAGAAUUUGAAGAUGAACCUUUUGAAUAUCAAGAAGUUAAUAUACUCCAAGUAGGUGAUUCAUUUGGAGAAGUUGCAUUAUUAGAUCCAAAUUCCAAAACAACAGCAACUGUUAUUACAAAGGACAUAUGUGAAUUUGCUUGUUUAGAUAAAGAAUAGUAUGUUAAUAUUUUAGGAGUAUUAAAUCAAGCUGAAAUGAAUGAAAAAAUGUCUUUUGUUAGAGGAAUUCAUUUUUUACAUGGAUGGUUUGAAAAUGAUUUAAAAACAUUGAGUUUUCAUUUUGAAUUGAUCUAUUACGAAAGAAAUGAUGUUAUUUAUAGAGAAAAUACAGUUAAUGAUGGAUAUAUCUAUUUCUUAAAAAAGGGAGAGAUAUCUUUGUUGAAAUUGUUUUAGAGACAAUAAAUUUAUGUUUGUAAUCUAUGUGUUGGAGAAAUAUUUGGAGAAGAAAUGUAUUUAGGAAUUAAUAACAGAUAGCAUACAGCUAUAUGUAAUGUUUAAGAUACAUAAGUGUAUAGAUUGGCUAAAAGUGAUUUAGAUAAAAGAAUGUGGUAAAUAGAAAAUAGAAAUCUAUUUAAAGAAAGUGUAGAUGUAAGAUGGGAAUGGAGAAAUUAAAGAUUUGAUAAUUUAAAGCUUUUUGAAGCUAAAGUUGAAUAAGAGGAAAAUCUUUAAAAGUAUUUAAAACCAAAAACAGAAGCUAUUAUAGAAAAACCUUAAUUAUCGCAAUCUCAUUCUACAAAGAUUUCUUCAUACACUCAUGUUAAACCAUUUAAUUUUAUGGAGCCAUUAAAUGCUGCAGAAGAAUUAUUUGAAAAUAAUGCAAUUUAAUCCAAAAUAUUUUAAAAUAAAAUUAAAGUUAGAUAAUACAAUUCAUCAAAAUAAACUUUAAGAAAUUUUACUUAUCUCAAAUAGUAGAGUUAAAUUGGACUUAUUAAAAUAAAUUAAUAAAGAAAAGAAAGUUUAAAAAAAAACAAACGAGUAAAUUCUUAAUAAUUUAAAUCAUUUUUAUAGUAAAAAUUUUAAUCUGAAGAAUAAAAUAUUUAAAAUUAACUUCCCUUCAAUUUUAUUAAUCAAGAAGCAUAAAAUGAACAGCCAGAAUAAUAAUAAUAAUAAUAAUUUCAAUCAUAAUAAAAGAUGACCUCUUUAGGAUAAUCACAGUAGAAUAGCAUAUAUGAAGAUAUGAUAUAGUUUGCAGUUUCUUAAAAAUAAAAAACACUACUUAAAUUACCUCAAGCUAACUCAACCAAAUAUUCUAGUAAAGAAAAUAGCUUCAAAAAACUUUCUCAAGAUUAAAUUCAUCAUCGUAAAUCUCCGUCUAAUUUAUCAUAUGAAUUCUCGGAUGCUAAAGGUAGUUUUUAAUAUAAAAGACUUUUUAAGUAUUGA